GUCAAAUUCGUCAUCAUGGAUUUUGAGUUCACCAUGAUGAAUAGAACGAGUAUAGUGGUAAUAUCCGGAGCCAUUUCGAACAGCCUGAACAAGUGCAAAGUUCGAAAGCUAGAAGGGAGACCGCUACUUUUGCCACUUCAUGAACGAGUAAGAGAAAUGAAAGUUCAUGAAUUACUGUUGGCCAAAAAGGAGAUCAAGCGGAUUCUAAAAUGUAAACAGGUACUACAGGAGGCAUGUUUAACGCAACUUGAGAAAAGUGUGAAUUCUAGUCUGAAUAAUUUAAAACCAGAUUACAUUGAAAGGUAUAUUUCGAAUGGAGAUAAGUUAAACGUAAUAGUAGUGUGGAAUGGGCAUUCUGAUAGAAACAUUUUACAAAGGAUGGGUAUAGAUAAAUAUGAAAUUUUGAAUAUAACCUGUUAUGAUGAACACCUUACAAAAGAAUUUACAGUUAAAUUAGAGAAGCUAAGAACAAAAGAAAUUAUAUUUAGAUAUGAAAUAGGUUCAUUUGAAAAAAAUGGUAGAAUGUUAAAUUUGGAGGAAACUCACAGUAUAAUGUGUUCGAAAAAACAUAGAAUGACUUACGCUCACGACCCGAAAAUGGACGUGAGGUUCACAAAAUGUAUAUUCAAUAUGGUUUUGAGGAAACAAGGAUACACAAAUUUGAUAAAAUAUUUUAAUUAAUGAAAUAAUUGGAAAUUAAAAGUUUUAAAUAUUUUUUUUUUGUAAAAUGGUCAA